UUGGCAGAGGGCGAUUACCACGCAGCAAUGACCGACUCGAUGUUCAUGGAGUGGCUUGAACACCGCCUUAACCCUGGGUACAACACGAUCCCUGAGUUCAAAGGCAAACGGAUUAUUCUUAUUCUUGACAACGCCUCAUACCACCAUGGAUUUGACGCGGAAGUCAAAGUGCCGGAAUCCAACACCAAGAAGCACAACGUCGAUCUGUUGCGUAUGUUUGGGGCCCAGUCGAUCAGGGUUAAGCGUAAGGAGGGCGAACAGGGCGUUGUUGAGUACAACUUCGAGGUACCGACAGAGCCUGGUUCUUCAUUCCCUGCAGGGAACAGGGAGGGCGGCGUAAGCAGAGCGGGGGUAGCAACGGCCACUCGGGAAUAUAUCCACCUCAAUCACCCUGAAAGGCUCGAGCAACGGGUGGGCGGCGUUGUUGAGUACAACUUCGAGACGCCGCCCUACAUGCCGUCCUUUCAACCGAUCGAGCUUUUUUGGCAGCAUGGUAAGCAGUACGUCAGCCUUAAGUUUGAGUUGAAGCGAAAGAUGCGGGAGGUGUGGGUGCCGAUUCGUAAAGGUUGGUACGGGGACAAGGAAUGGCCAGGCCAGGAGGGGGGGUGGAAGGCAGCUAAUUGUUCGAAGCUGGUUGACCACGCCCUUAGAGAGAUGAAUAAGUGGGUCAAGGACCGUGAUGGAGUGCUUUCUGGUACGAUAGGUAGCCUCAUAAAGCCGGACGGGUACGAUACAGAUGAUGUGUUGCCCGUGGAUGAUGUCGAGGAAGGGGGAGGGGAGGAGAUCCAGCAGGAAAGCGCAGAACGGGGUGAUGGCAGCGACGAGGUUGAACCAUGAUGAGAUUUUUUUCAGCCUUGUGAUCAAUUGCUACACCCAUGCACUGGGUGUGCCAUGUUCCAACAGCACACAUAUGUGAUUGCUGUGCGCGGGGGUUGCGUCCCUGCUUCCAGCUGCU